AUGGAAGAGUUGGGGCAUGAAAGUCGCAUAUUUUGCACUUUGCGCAAAGAAAGUGCCGAGCUCUGCUAUCAGCAGCACGGCGUCGACGCAUCUUCACAAUCGAUGGGACAACUCUCGUCGGUGGUACUCAUCGCACUCGCGCUGGGGAGAUCAAAGGCUCUCCACAUUCCUCCAAUGGCGAGCCACGGGACCGCUACUACUGUUCAAGCUGAAAAGAUGGCAAUGGCGGUGACGUUGUUCUUUACAACUCAGGCACUCCUGCAUCGCGGCAUUGACGCAGAUCACUACUACUCAACCGUCAAUAGUGAUUAG